CAAACAAUUGAUUAGAGAAAUAAAACCAAAAAACACGCUUCUUCUCCCGAUCAAAAAUCGAAGCAGAGGUCUCCAGAUUCAACACGAUGAAUCCAGACUCCGAUCAUCCUCAACUUCCCACUAUCAAGAUCCACCACCCUUCCUCCCCUCGCCACUCCUCCUCCUCCGCCGCGACCCCCACUCCCACCGCCGGUGCCCGCCGGAAGAUCGGCGUCGCCGUCGAUCUCUCCGACGAGAGUGCCUACGCUGUCCGCUGGGCCGUCCAUGAUUACAUCCGCCCCGGCGACGCUGUCGUCCUCCUCCACGUCUCCCCCACCUCCGUCCUCUUCGGCGCCGACUGGGGCCCUCUUCCCCUCCAGAGCCAGCCUCCCUCCUCCGCUGCUGAUCCUAACUCGGCGCCGAGUCAGGAGGAUUUCGACGCGUUCACCGCCUCCAAGGUGGUGGAUCUCGCCAAGCCCUUGAAGGAGGCUGGGUUUCCUUUCAAGAUGCACAUAGUCAAGGAUCACGACAUGAGGGAGAGGCUGUGCCUUGAGAUCGAGCGGCUCGGUCUCAGCGCCGUUAUUAUGGGGAGCCGAGGGUUUGGCGCCGAGAAGAAGGGAAGCGAUGGAAAGCUUGGGUCGGUUAGCGACUAUUGUGUUCACCACUGUGUUUGCCCCGUCGUGGUGGUGAGAUACCCUGACGAUCGCGACGGAGACGCGCCCGGAAACGCCGGAGGUGUCGGAGAGGCCAUUGUGACGAUGAAGUCAGCAGCAGGGGAAGAGGAUGAAGACGAGUCUAUGCCUGCUGCGCAUCACGAGCACCUCAAAGAUGAUUAAACCCUAUCGGCUUCUCCCUCGCCAGCCACCGCAGGUAUGUAUAUAAGGCAUGCAAGGCUUUGGAUCAUCUUUUGGAUUGUUUAUGAGGAGGGUCUGUGAGUUCAUCUUUCGGUACCACGGAGUAGUCGAAUUCUCAGUUUGAUCUCUCUCUUACGAAUGUGUUACAACCAAACAUGACCCUUUGGGGGGGGGGGGCAUAUUAUAUCUCUCAAUAUGAUCGGUUGCUUUGUUCCGUGUUUCUCUGUUUUUGCUUCCAUUUUCGUUUUGUAGCUUCUUGGAACCUCUCAUUUGUUCUGUUGACUUUUUUUUUGGGUGGGGGUGGUUUGACAAUCUCUAUUAUUUUUAAUCCAAUAGUCAACUUUGGAAACAGGAUGAGACCGGCAGAUUAGGUUAUUUGGUUAGAUUAUUUUUCAUUUGAAUUUUACAGUAAGAAACACGAUACACAAUCCCUUGUUCUUGUUUUUUAUUUUUAUUUUUAUUUGGAGGGCCAUCAAAUGUGGCAUCUUUCCCA